CAGGCCACACGGAUAGAGAUUUCACAACCUUUUUGUCAGCUAGCUAUUAAGCCCAGAUUUCAAAGAAUGGAGGGUACAAGCAGGUAAUUGCAUAGAUAAUAGAGACUAGAGCGAGAUGCAGAUAAGGCAUUUUCACACCAGACGGAGCAGGGAUUCUAAGCUCUGAUCAGAUGUGUUUAGACAUGCUGUACAGUAUCUGACUGACACUCCCUGAAAGGAUAACCCAAUGGGAAGAGAAAAGGGGAGGAUUCUGAUCCGUUGUGAGGGGUCUUUUUUGUGAGAAGAGGAUAUAUCUUGGUGAAAAGCUGUAGACUGUGCAAACAUCAAUCAGGCUUUGCCUCCAAGGCUCAAAGUACACAUGCAUCUCGUGUUUAAAACACAAAACUAACACACUGUAUCAGAAUUACAAAGACUAAAGCACACAGAUGGAUCAGAUGUUGCAGGCUUUCACAGACCAUAAAGGUAUUAGAGGUAUUCAAUCCAGCAUUAAGGUUGGAUUAAAGUUUUACAAUUCCGUUUGGAAAAUCUAGUUGAUGGCUCAAGGGGAAAAAAACACAGUGUCCCUCUUUAGCCAGUAAUAUAUGUGAGAUCAGGAACAAAGUGAGAUUUCAUUUUUAAUACACAAAACAAUCAGGCUCACUUGAGGUAAGAUCUGUAUUAGCACAAUGUACUAACCGCUGCAAUGCAUCAGUUUUCAAGGGCAGUGUUUUAAGACACAAAGGCUACCAAAGACAAGUCAAAAGAACAGUAUUUUUUUAAGAUGUGUUUUUGGUGCAAAUGCUUUGGGCACCAGGAGAAGUUUGAUCCUAAAACAUGUACCUGUUCCUCAUUUCUGAUGUGGUCUUUCCAAAUCUGGAAAUUGGUUCACACAGAUAAAGAAUUGAUCAUUUUAAUGAAUUUAAUUUGAUCAAAUAAUUAAUGAGGAGAUAUUGUCCUUGGUUUAGAAAUCUCAUUUGUGGGUAGGCUGGUAGAGCUUUAUCUCAACAUGAGACAAGGAAGGAAUUUUCAUGCUAGUUAAGACAGCUUUCCUAAAACAUUAAUGGAGCCUAAUCCAUUCAAAAAGAUGUAUCGAUAAAAAAUACAUAUAUUUAACAAUACAGGACCUCUGCUUGGUGAUAUGGACUGAUAUUUACAGUGAAAUGAAAGACAAUAAAUAGGGGAAAGUUUCUCUCCUGUUGCCCUCUCUACUCAUGUGACAGCUGGUGGUGGACGCGUUAGGAUUACAGUGUUGACAACCUGAGUAGAUAUACGUGUUUGCUCUCACUCCGUGGCAUAGGCUGCAUGCGUGCAGGCGGCAGAUCACUUGCUGUACCUCAGGCGGCACUUUGAUGCUCGACGGUGAGAUAAGAGCUUGUGCGCGCCUGCAAGGGGUGAGAGAAUUAAUUCAAAUCUGUUGGCGAUUUAAUCCUCGUAUAUGAUGUAAUUCCGAGUGCAUCUAUAAGAAACACAGUAACGGGCGUUUGUUUGUCUGGAGUGAAGUUGGAUACCCUUUGCCGUGGCUCUGAAGAAGAGCAUGGAUUAUUUCGGCCAGCCACCCGAUCUCGUGCCAUUAUCAUGGUGGGUGACACACAUUCGUUUCGAGAGACUGUAACACAGAUGGACUCAGACGUUCUGGACAAAAUAUGCCGAAGAUGACCGUUGCCGUUUUAUUGUGCUUCUUCUUGUGCACAGAUCUGUUGGAUUUAGUCUUGGGCUAUUUAACCGUCGCCAUUGAGCCCCUGCCACCUGUGGUGAUGGGAGAUACUGUGACACUGAAGUGCAAUUUCAGGACUGACGGCAACUUGCGAGAGAUCGUAUGGUUUCGGGUAUUGGACGGUGGCAGCUCCAAACAGAAGAUAUUCACUUACGAUGCCAUGUACAAUACCAAUUUCUCCCACUUGGAAGAUUCCCGUAAAAAAGAAGAUCUUGUUUACCAGUCAACUGUAAGACUUCCUGAAGUCCAAAUGGAAGACAGCGGGCCGUAUGAGUGCCAUGUGGGUAUCUAUGACAGAGCAUCCAGAGAGAAGGUGGUCUUAGCCUCAGCAAGCAUAACUCUCAUUGUAAUGUCACCUCCCAAAUCGAUAUCAGUUGUGGCUGCUGACCCGUAUGCGCGGUUCAACCGCUACGAAGCGCACAACUUCACUCUGGUGUGCAUUGUGAAAGGCGGAAAGCCUGCACCCAUGGUGUACUUUAAGAGGGAUGGUGAGUUGAUCCAGGUGGUUCCGGAGAGCAGAGGCCUGCAGGCAGCCCGAGCCCCUGCAUCAGGCCCACGUCCAGCCCCUACUUCAGGCCGAUCCUCAGACACGGCUCUUAGACCCCUUAUCAGCAGAGACCUGGACGACACCAAGAUCCAGAAGUCUCUGUCUCUCCUGGACCAGAACGGGGGGCCUGUGCACGUGGACAUGGACGGCCCCCGGGGCGGCGUCACGCCAGAGGACCAGGGCUUGGAGGCGAGCCCCACCGCGGAGGUCAUCCCGGAGACGGUGAUCAGCCGCGAGUUCCCGCGCUGGGUGCAGAGCACAGACCCGCUGUACUACUUCAACCACUCGCGCGUGGAGCGCGGCGACGGCACCAUGGAGGUGUACGCCAUGCUGACCUGGAGCCUCAACCCCCAGCUGGACAACGACGCACUGUUCAGCUGCGAGGUCAAGCACCCGGCUCUCUCCAUGCCCAUGCAGGCUGAGGUCACACUCGCCGCUCCAAAGGGGCCAAAGUUGUCCAUGACGCCCAGUAAGGCAAAAGUAGGAGACACUGUACGUAUGAAUGUGGAGGGCUUCCAGAUAGCCACCAAAGGGAACGAGGUCUUCCCAGAGCCUCUGUUCACAUGGACACGGAUCGGCGGCCUCCUACUGGAUGGCAGUGAGGAGCGGAUUGGGAAGGAGUUAGUGCUUGAGCGGGUUACGGCUGAGCUCAAUGGCUCCAUGUACCGCUGCACGGCCCAGAAUCCUCUAGGCUCCACCAACACUCACUUACGACUCAUAGUGUUUGAGAACCCAAGAAUUAAGAAAGGAAUAGAACAACUAACUGAUGCUGCCUCUUGCGCCAAAUGGCUUGGCUCGCUAAUGAUGUUGCUAGUUACCGUAGCCCUGGGGCUGACGUGAUUGGCCGAGGAGGAGGCGACAGCAGUGACAGUCACGCUCUUCCUCUUACCUCAUCAGCUCUGCUGUCAUCUCAUCCUCCGCCUGCGGGCAGCGCCAUCAUCUGAGAGAUCACCACUCUUUUUUUCUCUGUCUUCUUUUUCUAGCUUUCUUUAAAAGUCACAGAACAAGAGGAGAGGCUAACAAGUUCAGAAAAAGAGGUCACUAACCAGGAUAUCCCAUCUCUUCUUCUUGUCUUAUUAUCAUGGGUUGGCUGUCUGUUUUCACUGGUAUUGACAGACUUUUCAGAAAACAGCUUGUUAUGAGGGACUUGUGCAAGUAUAUUUUGUUAAAAUCAAUGACCGUAAAAGUCAGUCAUUGGUUAAAAUAUGUUAUUGAUGCACACUGAGAGUUUUCUUCCAUAGCCCUUGUGCUUUAGCCUACUGUAGCCUACUGUAAUGUGGUGCUGGACCUAUCUGUCCAGUAGUACUGCUUUUGAGCACAGCACUUGUUUAAAUACAGCCACAGUACAUUUUACAAAAUGUGUAUUAUCUAUAUUUAAUCCAAUGGAAGAAAUUUGCCACUGGUGUACACAGCGCCUCCAUCUGAGUCUGAUCAGAAUGUCUAUUUUACAUACAUACUGUAGAUGGCAGUGUAGACUUAAGUUUGUGAAGUCCUGCGGCACCUGAAGCAAACUGUAAAUGAUCGGUGUGUAGCAGAUUCGCUUGAAUGUAUGAGUGUGGAAAGAGUUGUAUAUUUUCUUUUAGAGAGAAUUAGAGAUAGAAUUAUAGAAUUCGCGCAGCCUGAAAUGCUGAAUAGCUGUUCUGCAGUUUCCCACCUCUUUAAAACAUCAGUUUACUUUAAACAGUCUUAUUUUUGUCAUUACUAUAAAUAAUUGAAGAAUAAACACAAUAAUACAGAUCCAA